AGGCAAGGGGGCUGCGUUUGGAGCGAGCCCUCAGAACCUGGAGAAUCUCGUGAGCAGCGGUCUAAGUCUCUGCCCUGGGAAACAUGCUGAGGUGGAGGGGGCCAGGUCCUGAACCCUGAGAUGGGGCGAAGGGAGGGGCAGGUCUGAUCCCUCCAGACCCUCGGGCAAGAUCUCCCCACCUCGCUGAGCCCCGCCCCUUGCUCUUCAGCCGCCGGCACUGAGGGCUCCGGCCGCCAGGGAGAGCUGCGCCCUAGCUGCGCUGAGGCAGAGCCAGCGAGAGGAGAGAAAGAGCGAGAGAGCGCUCACCAGCCGCCGGUCCGCCCGCAGGCUCCGGCUGCGCCUCUCCUCGGUACGGAGAGGGAGAACUGCAUGCAACCGGUGGGACCCAACGCCCGAGACCAAGCUCUGGUCGUCCUACCAUCCAGCAGCCACCCUCUGGACCCAAGAGAGCGGGAGUGAAGCCUCGCGGACAGACGGUCGGGUCCCCAGUGUGGCUGCGCGCCCCUGCCCUAGUCAGCUGGGGGCGGCCGGUGGCUGCAGGCGGCCGGGGAAGCAGCGGCGGCCGCACAGGCAAAGGCGUGUCUAAGCGGGCGGAGGGCUCUCCGGCGACCUGUCCCGAGGAUGCUGGGGGGCGAUGCCCGGGGCCAGGGACGAGAUCUGUCAGAAGGCACUGCAGCUGCUGGCCGAGCUGUGCUCCAGCGGGGCGGUAGAGCACGACAGCUGCCACGAUUUUAUCCAUUACCUGCGGGACCGCGCCAGACCCCGGCUCACCGACUCAGACAUCUCAGUGAGUUUGCUGUCUCUAGUUGUCACAGCCUGCGGGUUGGCCCUCUUCAGUGUAUCUCUAUUUGUGUCCUGGAAGCUGUGCUGGAUCCCUUGGAGAGAACGAGGCUGUUCUCAGGAAGCAAAGACAACCAGGAGCCACCUGAAUUACACAGAAACAGUAGAACCAAUGACCCAGAGUUCAGGAGGACUACCAGGAUGCAGCCCUCGCCCCUAUCCAGAUGCCGCCAUGAAGAUCAGCCACACCUCUCCUGACAUCCCCUUAGCUUCUCAAGCAGAAGAACAAGAGAAUUGUGUGCAUGGGGCCCGCAUGCAACGGCAAGUGACGGAGCCUACACCAUCUGCCCGGCAUAAUUCAAUCCGAACACUCAACCUCUCAAACCCAGACUUCAAUGUCCAGCAGCUUCAGAAGCAGGAACAGCUGACAGGGAUUGGACGCAUUAAACCUGAGUUAUAUAAGCAGAGGUCUGUGGACACUGAUGACGGAAGAAAGAGCAACAGCAAAGCCUGUGGGAAACUGAACUUCAUUGUGAUAGACUGUGACUUAGAGCAGCUGAUCGUGAAGAUCCAUAAAGCUGUCAACCUGCCAGCAAAAGACUUUUCUGGGACAUCAGACCCUUAUGUCAAGAUCUACUUGCUCCUGAUCGGAAAACUAAACACCAAGACUAAAGUUCACAGAAAACGCUAAAACCCAGUCUUUGAUGAGGUUUUUUUAUUCCCAGUUCCCUACAAUGACCUUGCCAUGAGGAAGCUUCACUUCUCUGUCUAUGACUUUGACCGCUUCUCCCGCCAUGAUUUAAUUGGUCAAGUGGUUGUGGAUCACUUCUUAGAUUUGGCAGACUUCCCUCGAGAGUGUAUCCUUUGGAAGGAUAUCGAAUAUGUCACCAAUGAAAAUGUGGAUCUUGGAGAUUUGAUGUUUUCCCUUUGCUAUCUUCCAACGGCUGGAAGGCUGACCAUCACCAUAAUCAAAGCCAGGAACUUAAAAGCAAUGGAUAUAACUGGAGCAUCAGAUCCUUAUGUGAAAGUCUCACUGAUGUGUGAAGGCAAACGCCUGAAGAAAAGAAAAACAUCCACCAAGAGGAACACACUCAACCCUGUUUACAAUGAAGCCAUAGUCUUUGAUGUCCCCCCAGAAAACAUUGACCAAAUUCACUUGUUGAUAGCUGUCAUGGACUAUGACCGUGUAGGUCACAAUGAGAUCAUUGGGGUGUGCCAAGUAGGCAACGAAGCAGAGCGCCUUGGACGAGAUCACUGGAGUGAAAUGCUGUCGUACCCUCGAAAACCCAUCGCUCAUUGGCACCCACUAGUUGAGAAACGAUAGUAAUGGAGGUAAGGACUGCUCAAGCCAAGUGAUGAGCUCAGACCAUUGGAUUCCAGCUGUCUUAAGCUGCUUUCCCAUUCCAACACCAUCCCAAUAGCCCCACCAACCAAAUGCUCAGAUGUAACCUUAGCAAUAACAAGUCCUCUCCCAAGACCAGGUUUGAUGAGCACCAAGGGGCCAGUGAACCUUCCUACCUUCUUGGCACAGCCUAAAGCCAAGUAUGCCAUGGAGGAGAAUUUGCUGUGUGACCAAGAAUCAAGAUUGAAUGAGAGAAGAAAGUGCCAGCACCAGCUACGUUCCACCCCCUGACCAGGCCAGUAAGGUCAGGCUAUACUCACUGCCCCCACCCAGGGUUGGUGCUGAGCAGCAGAAUAAUGACCAUCUACAGGGUUUAGCAGCUAUCCUGCAAAACCAACUUAAGUACCACUUGGCCAAAGUUCCCACAGAAUGAGAGUACAUGAGAAAUAAAUAAAGAUGCCAAGCAGGCAUUGAGUGUAACUCUCCUCUUAGACUGGGCUUUCCCAUGAGUUAGUGACUUCACCCCUGUCAGGAAGGCUCCAGGAUAUUCCACACCACAGACAGGGCAGAGCUUAGUGAAUGUGCAGGGAAGCCAAACACCCAUACCCCACUUCAAGGGACAAGCAUUUGUCCCCUUGUUGACUUCCCUGCCCGCCAAAACACAUUCAUUGACAGUGCAGGUUAAAAUUGGACUUUGCGGGGCAGGGGAGAGGAAGGACAGAUAUUGAAAAUCCUAUAACUUCUCCCCUAAGUCAAGGAAACAUGAGUCCAGCCUGCUGUUUUGAGUGCCUUCUGGUCCAUUUCCAUGUGCAACACCCUAAACUACACCCUCCCCUCUUGGUGUUGCAGCCAAAGACAAUAUUCCUCAUUUUCUUUUUAACACAAGCAUCACAUCUAUAGCACCUAGGUAAUAGAAGUACCUAGAAAAGAGUUAAGUCAAGGGCUUUCAACUGCAACAUCAUCAAAUUAGUAUUGGAUGUUGCUAUGCAGCCAGCUACUUAAGUAUCACCCAGGCUUCUGACAAAAGCAGAUGGACAAAAAGCAGAGCCCUUAACACUGCCAGGGGUCUCAAGUCCCACAGUCCCAGGAAACUUCCCUUUACCCACUGUGGCAACAUGACUGGUGCCCUGCCUCUCUAAGGAAAGAUGUCUUCAGAUGAGCACACCUUCAGAAAGAGGAGAGGAGAGGAGAGGAGAGGAGAGGAGAGGA